AUGCCGCAGGCGGUGCCCUCCUCGUCGAGGGACUCCGGCCGGAGCUCGCCAGCGCAGUCCACCAUGUCGCAGUCGGUGCCGCGUGCAGAAUCGACUGCACGGCUGGGCUCACCUGUACCCUCGUCCAUCCAGUCUCGCACGCCCGCCGUUGGCCAGAUCCCGACCCCUGCCCAGCUCGACGAGGUCUCGCCGGUGCCCAUCCAGACGCCGCUGCCUGGCCGCGCCGAGCACAAGACAUCGCUCCCUGGGCCCGGCACGUCAGCCUUGUCCUCUGCGCUGAAGGAGUCGCUUGGAAAGAGCCCGCCCAGGUUCGCUGCGCCGUCUGCCACGCCGCAGUCGCCUGCAAUGAACGCCGCGGCUUCUGUUCGCGGUCCGCCAAGCAACUUUGGCUCCUACGAUGGCCGCGGUCGCUCGCCCAUACCCUACGAAGACCCUGAGAUUGUGCGGCGCCAUUUGGUGGGACAGUAUGGCUCUCCUAGCCGGUCCACGCGAGGAUUCGGCGGUGACGACGAGUCUCAGAGCAGAAGAGGCGACGAGGACGAGGACGAGGAGUUCAACAGUCUGCAGCUGCAGGGCGGUGACAUCACACGGCAAAUAUACAGGUGGAGCGAACAACAGGCCGCUGAGGAGCGUGGGAAGAUGGCCCGCAGCAAGAGCUUCCAUGCGUCUCGCCGCAAGGAUGACACCGACAUCAGCGCAUCGUCCAUCCGACAGCCAGGCGGCUUCCGUCGGCAGUACCUGCGUAAAAAUGCACCGAGUCCGUCACCCGCGCCUGGCCCGUCUGGCUACGGCACGAUCGGUGAGCCUGCACAGCAAAGACCUCAGCCCUUCACGAGCAACUUUCUCGAGUUCCUGACCCUGUAUGGCCACUUCGCUGGUGAAUCGCUCGAAGACGACGAUGAGGUGCUCGGCCCUGAUGAGUACUUCUCCUCCGAUGCCUUAGACUCCGGCGAGCAUUCCGAAGACGAGCGCGAGUAUGGUGAAUCAAGUGGGCUUCUACCCGCCACACCUGGCAAGCGACGAAAGCGCAAACCGAGACCAGAGGGCAAGGGUACGCCUACAGGAGCUGCCUUGCUGCUCCUCAAGUCAUUCGUCGGCACUGGCGUUCUCUUCCUGCCCAGAGCGUUCCUCAAUGGUGGCAUGGCCUUCUCGAACGCCGUACUGCUCGCUGUAGCAGGAUUGUCGUACUUCUGCUUCGUACUGCUCGUCGACACCCGUCUUGCGGUUGAAUCUUCGUUUGGUGACAUGGGACUCCAUCUUUAUGGAAGAUGGAUGCGAAACCUGAUCAACUUCUCUCUUGUCAUUUCGCAGAUAGGCUUCUCGUCAGCCUACAUCGUCUUCGUCUCGGAGAACAUGCAAGCGUUCGUCCUGGCUGUCUCGAAUUGUGCAACCUACAUCGACAUCAAGUUCAUGAUCUUGAUGCAGAUGAUCGUCUUCCUGCCACUCUCGCUCUACCGCAACAUCAACAACAUCCAGAAGCUCGCGCUUCUCGCGGACGCUUUCAUCCUCCUUGGUCUCGUCUAUCUUUAUUACUACGAUCUCUUUACUAUCGUCCACCAGGGUGGUAUCUCAGACAUUAAAAUGUUCAACCCCAAGGACUGGACCCUGUUCAUCGGUACAGCUAUCUUCACAUUCGAGGGUAUCGGCCUGAUCAUUCCGAUCCAAAGCGGUAUGAAGGACCCGAAGAAGUUCCCCAAAGUCCUCGGAGGCGUUAUGAUCAUCAUCACCGUUGUUUUCGUCAGCGCCGGAGCUAUCUCAUACGCCGCGUUUGGCUCCAAGACAAAGACUGUUGUGCUGCUCAACAUGCCGCAGGACAACAAGUUUGUCAACGCUGUGCAGUUCAUCUACUCUCUUGCCAUUCUUCUCUCGACCCCACUGCAGAUCUACCCUGCGAUCGAGAUCACCAGCCAGCAAUUGUUCAGUAGAACGGGCAAGUACAAUCCGCUCAUCAAGUGGAAGAAGAAUUUCUUCCGCUUCUUCAUGGUCUUGCUGUGCGCUUGCAUCGCUUUCGCGGGUGCUGGUGACCUCGACAAGUUUGUCAGUCUUGUUGGCAGCUUCGCCUGUAUCCCGCUGGUCUUUAUCUACCCUCCUAUGCUCCAUUACCGAGCCUGUGCUCGGACCACGAUUGCACGCAGUCUGGAUAUUCUCAUGUGUGUUGUGGGUGCCGUUGCUAUGAUCUACACUACGUCUCUCACUAUUCAGAGCUGGGUCGCAGGAGGCGCGCCCAAGGCUCCAGGGUACUGCGACGGUCGUUAA